GGGGGCGGCCGGGCCGGGCCGGGCCGGGCAGAGCCGAGCCAAGCCGAGCUGAGCCGCGCCGGAGCAGCGAGCCGGGCCGGGUCCCUCUGAGUCGCUCUGGUCCCUCAUUCCAGCGUGGAAAUCGAUGAGUUGAAGUUAUGCAUUUGACCUGGAAGAGCCACGCUGCUGGCACUUUGGGGACCCUGUGAACCAGAACGGGAGAGGAGCCUGCCUGCAGGUGGAAUGGGGCAGCCAUGAACGGCGAUGCCCUGUGCCAGGAGCCCUCCUCCCCACUCCCCGACUGGAGGGAGUUCUGCAAGCUGCACGCCCAGGCGGCCGCCGUCGACUUCGCCCAGAAGUUCUGCCAGUUCCUGAAGGAGAACCCCCACUACGACACCCCCGGGGCAGAGACCUCCUUCUCCCACCACUUCACCGCCAACUUCCUGGACAUCUUCAGCCUGGAGGUCAGCCGGGUGUUCGUGUCCGACUCGCCCACCAAGUACAACAUCGUGCCCUUCGUGGGGCUGCAGAACUGCCACGUCCCCUACGGGCGGGAGGUCACCCCGAGGAAGGAGGAGACGUCCACCGAGUCCCUGGACAGCAUGGACACCCAGCUGGGUGCCAGCCGGUACCUGACCCCGGCGCAGCAGGUGCAGGCACGCAAGGUGUCCUCCUACGGCCAGUCCCGCAGCUCGGAGGACGUCUCCAUCCACGCCGCUGCCAAGCCCAAGUUCAAGAAAGGCUUCUCCCUGAGGAACAUGAGCUUGUGCGUGGUGGAUGGCAUGAAGGAGAUGUGGCAUCGCAAGUCCUCUCCCGAGCCGGGCGCCGAGGCUGCCCCGGGCGGCCGGAGGGCUGAGAGGGAGCCGUGGCCGGCCGGGGGCAAGGAGCCUGGGGACCCCCGGGAGAAAUGGACCCACAAGCUGCGCCUGUCCAAGGUGCCCUCCUCCAAGGUGGAGCUGGUGGACAUCCAGAGGGAGGGGACGCUGCGCUACAUGGUGGCCGAUGACACGAACUGUGUGGGGAGCUCGCAGUGGCAGAAGUGCCGCCUCCUGCUCCGGAAAGCGGUGAAGGUGGAAGGAGAGAGGUUCCUCCUUGAGUUUUAUGUCCCUCCAAAGGCUUCCAAACCCAAGGUGAGCAUCCCGCUGUCGGCCAUCAUCGAGGUCCGCACCACAAUGCCACUGGAGAUGCCCGACAAAGACAACACCUUCGUCCUAAAGGUGGAGAAUGGGGCUGAGUACAUCCUGGAGACCAUCGACUCCCUGCAGAAGCACUCCUGGGUGGCGGAUAUCCAGGACUGCAUCGACCCCGGGGACAGCGGGGACGAUAUUGAGCUGGUGUCCUGUGCACAGGGAGGCUGUCUGCCAGGCAGGACAACUUCCUCCAGCUGCGAGUUCCUGGCUGACGAUGUGCCCAGGCCUCCGGACAGAUGUGCCCUGCCCAGCGCUCACAACACCACCACGGCCACCGCUGUCCCCGUGCCCCACGGCCGGAGCAGGGACUCCCUGGGGGAGCUCCUCACUCAUGUCCCACUGGAGAACUUCCUGCAGACGCUGGAGUCCUCCCCCACUGCACAUCUCACAGGGGAGGACAGCGAGGCGGAGGCGGAGAUCAACCUCUCUGACUUCCCCUGGUUCCACGGGACUCUCUCUCGGAUCAAGGCGGCUCAGCUGGUGCUCUUCGGGGGCGCCCGGAGCCACGGAUUGUUCGUCAUCCGGCAGAGCGAAACGCGGCCAGGGGAGUAUGUGCUGACCUUCAACUUCCAGGGGAAAGCCAAGCACCUCCGCCUGUCACUGAACGAGAGCGGGCAGUGCCACGUGCAGCACCUCUGGUUCCAGACCAUCUUCGACAUGCUGCGCCACUUCCACACACAUCCCAUCCCCCUGGAGUCGGGCGGAGCAGCCGACAUCACCCUCCGCAGCUACGUGGUGGCCCAGAGCCCACAGCCCGAUGCCGGCCCCCCGCCACCCCUUGUGCCACAGCCCCCGGGCUGCCGGGUCGACCUGCCACCUCCGCACUACUUCUGCAGCACGGCACCCACCGGCCCGCCAGCCCCACCGCCUGCUGAGGGGGUGGCCGUGGCCCCCCCUGUCACUGUCCCCGCACCCUACCACCGCCUGGAGGGUGCCCUGGGCCCCCGGAGCCGCAGCGACAGCACGGAGCGCCGGCCGGAGCCCCCCACCGCCAGUGCCGAGGACUACCACGAGGCUGACAGCGCCCGGAGCCGGACCCGGGCCGUGGAAAACCAGUACUCCUUCUACUGAGCCCCCCCACGCCUGGGGGCUGGAUGGUGGGGGGAAGCGGGGCAGCCGUGCCCCUCACCGCUGCACCAGCCUCGCCACCUCCUCCUGCCACCACCAGCAACCCAACCGGGACAUCCUUCGCGCUCCCUGCUGCUCCUGGGAGCUGUGUCAGCGGCAGGAGAUGUCCCAGCUGGACCUUGCGCCAGCCCCAAGGUUGGGGCAGUGCUGGAGGUUUGGGAGGCUGAAAGAGUCAGUGCCAUUUUGGAGCUUGCAGCCUCUUCUUUUUCCCUCUGGACCAAGAGCUCUCCGAGGGCCAAGCCGAGCUCCCUGCAUCUCCUCCUGGGUGUGACCGUCGUGGGAUGGCAGCCCGGAGCUGUGACAGGCUCCAUCCCCCAGCCAAAGCACCUUGGCACAUCCAUUCUGGGGCGAGAGCCCAGCAUGGCCAACAUCCUUCUGGCACCAUUGCCCUGCAAACCAGCUGCCGAGGGACUCUGGCAUUUCGGGAUGAGCAUGGAAUUGGCAGAUCUACGUGCAGAGACUGUGCUCACAUACAUGGAUCACUGAGAGGCACCACUGAGGGUUUAUCCAGGCUGGCCUUUGGGCUCCCUCUGAGGCAUGUGUUUCCCACCCUCUGCCAGGAAAAGGUGUUUUUUUCCCAAAGCUUAAUGAAUUGCAUUCAAGGAAGGGUUUUUCUGCUAUCCUGCCUUUUGUGUUCCUUUGUUUCCUCUCUCUCCUUGCUGUACCUACAGAGAAUCCCUGGGUAACCCCUUUCUUCCUCCCUCUCUUCCUUGCUUUUUCAAAACCUAAGCUCUCUACAAGGGCAACAGCUCAGCCUUCUGCCUGCUCUCUGCCACAGCUGGGCAAUGUUUUCCAUUGCUCAUGGCAAACCUUGGAAAAUAUGACAAAACCCCGGCUUUGCAUCAGUUGUUGGUCAUUCGGGAUGGAGGGGGGGUCAGGCAGAGGCCAGGGGCUGUGUCUGGAGGUGAGGGACAGCCUUGCCCUGCAGGUGUUCAGCUGGGCUCCCAGGAAUGAAAACACUACACAUCUUCAGUAACUGCUACUGAAAGUUACUGUUUUUUCUUAGACAAAUAGAAAAGCCCAGGAAGAGCAAAAGAAGUGGGGCUGGUGCCAGGUGGGUGAGCAGCCAGCCGGCACAGGGGGCCAGGCCAGGCUGAGGGGCAGGACUGCCCUUACCAGUGGUUGAUGUCCCUCCCCAGCAGCUUUGGCUUUGGAGUGCCUGGACAGGUUUCCAGGUAGAGCAGACCCCACCAUAGCAGGUAGAAGUUACCACUUAGUGCAAAGAGAGGUACAAGCCAAGCUACAACCUAACUCAAAAAAACCCCUUGAAUUUGCCUGGAAUUGGGUUGGGCCAAAUUUUAAUUUUUUUAGGUGCCUUCUUUCCUGAGCUAGCAAAGCAUGUCCCCAGUGCUCGAGUCACUUGUGCCUCCUCCUUCCAGGGGGCAGGGAAGGUGUCUCCAAGGCUCCUUCUGCAAUGUGAGAGCUGCCUUUCUGGCCCAUGGGUGUGUGAGAUGAGAACUGCUGGAUCUCAUUCCUGCAGGAAAUGCCACCUUCUCCCCAAACACACGGCCCUUCAGAGAGCAGCAGGAGCGGUUUGCUCUGUCGAGGGUAUUUCUCCUUCCUCAGCUCAGCUAAAACCCAGCUUGGAGGAGCCCAUGGAGCAGGAAAAGGCUAAUGGGUUGAUGGGUUUAACUUGGACUUGCUUCCUUCACACACAGAGUGAAUGAGGGGGGAUUUUGGAUACGGCACAGACAUCAUCACUCUGGUUCCUCAUUGAGGUCCCAAGGAGCUGGAUGGGAGCACUGCCUUACAGACCUUCAGAUACUGGCUGGUUUCUCACUUUCAGUGUCACAGGAUAGGAAGAGGAGGGGGAAGCUACGAUCUGCAAGCAGAAAUGUUAAUUUGUAAAUAGGGAAGAGUCUGGAAGAGUUUACUGUUGUGUAGAAUAAAUUAAUUUUAUUUAAAAAUAAAAGGGGGAGGGGGACUUGAUAAACAAAUGGAGAACUCGAGUUCUGGUUUUAAAAUAAAAUCACUUGCAAAAAGGA